AUGAAAUGCACAUACAUUAAAAAGCUAAAAUGGCUGUUUAGGUGCCAGAAUGUUAAACCACGGGUGAAAAAAGAAGCAUUUUUAACAGCUUGGGACAACAUCGUUCCUCCCCAAUGCUUGAUAAACGCCUUGGAAUACGGCCCUUCCUUUGCACCGAUACCACCGUUGCGUCCAGAAAGCCUAAUAACGAACGUUGAGACGCUCAUAAAGGAUAUGAAUUCAACUGCGCAAGAUUAUUGCAGAUGGAAAACAAGAUUAUAUGCCGAGAAGGAGAGAUAUUCUAAUAAAACUGCUUUACUUUUCCAAAGGCACAUUAAAGAAACGAAAGAAUGGCUCCAAAAAAACGACAUUGUUCUCAUAAAGGCGGAUAAAUCAAAAGGUGUUGUACUCAUCAAACGGAGUUCGUAUAGACAAAAACUGCAUGACUACAUCGACAGCACCGAAUGUCUUCCUGCCCCGAGUAAUUACCUGGAAUCCUUACAGCAAAGAGUGAGAAAAUUUACCCUAACUCCUUUGGCCAAUUAUCUGGGUAUGAGGUCUGCUACUUUACAAGCGCCUAGGACACCAAGAAUUUUUGCCUUCGGAAAAACACACAAACCUGGAUCGCAGUUACGGCCUGUGGUAGAAAAAUGUAAUGCUCCAACUUUCAGAAUAGAAAAACAACUUGUUAAAUUUAUACAAGGAAAAAUGCAAGUUUCGCCUUUUUCGAUAAAAAACUCGGUGGACUUGAUCCGGAAACUGGAAAAUGUUGCUCUCAUGAAUGAGGAAUGGAUGACAGUGUUAGAUUAUAAGGCGUUAUACCCAUCAAUCAAACUGCCUCCAUGCUUUUGUGCUCUGAGGGAUUUUCUAUUCGCUAAUGUUAUUAACGCUACCAAAUACCACAAGCAGAUUUUGGAAUUGGCAGACUUGAUUUGUCACACAUCUUUUUUUGAAUUCGAAAAUAAUACUUAUCUACAAGGGCGGGGAGUACCGAUGGGUAGCCCCAUGUCGUCGGUCCUAUGCGAAUUAGUGCUUCGUAAUCUAGAAAACAGUAUCAUCCCUUCCUUACAACAAGAUAUAUUGAUAUAUGCGAGAUAUGUUGAUGAUGUAUUUAUAUUGUGGAAGGAUAAUCGCAACAUCAAGCAUUUUGUAGAUCGGAUAAACAGUAACCCGUAUGGUUUAACCUUGGAAUUGGAGCAACAAGGGAGCAGUAGCGUUAAUUUCUUAGAUCUGACGAUAACAUGCAUGAAAGGGGAAAUCCGAACCAAUAUUUAUCGUAAACCGACAUCUAUACCCAUCAUUAUUCCUAAGAAUUCAGUGGAUCCGGAGCAUAUUAAAAUGGCGGUAUUUCGAUCUUGGAUAAGGAGAGCGCACACCCAUUGCACAAAUGUUUGCGAUACUGUUAAGGAGAUACAAUAUAUACGAAGAACUGCCAUGCAGCAUGGCUACGGGAGAAGAAGAAUAGAGGCUCUCAUUAAGAAAGAUAAUAAUCUUGCAAGGAGGCAAAAGCAAAACCACCAAAAAGAAAAAAUGGUCCUCGAUUAUAUACCCUUCCUUAAACCGAUUAUUAAGAAGAUUACCAAAAGUAAGAACUUACAGAUAGUUUAUCGGCGUAAUCCCACUAUAUACAAAAUGUUAAGGAAUGACAAGGGGGAUUAUGAAAGCAACUCCUUAACAGGAAUAUACUCGAUACCGCUAAGAGACAGCAGGUUCAACUCUAACUUAGUAUAUAUAGGCGCAACAUUGAGGAAUUUGAAAAAAAGAAUCCAUGAACAUAAGCUUUCAGUGAACAAAACAAUUGACAGCACGAUCCUUGCCACUUAUGCUAAACAACAAGGCAUUACUGUUUUCUGGGACCAGGCCUCUAUAAUAAAAGCCACUACAUCUAAACACGCGAUAAAACAUCUCGAAAAGCUGGAAAUCCACAGGGCACAGAAGACAGCACAGUGUAUCAACUAUAGAGAUGCCGACGGGCUUUCGUCCGCUUGGAAAUCUUUUUGCGACGAAUUGGCAUAA